AUGAGAAAUCACACACCAGUAACCACAUUCAUCCUUCUUGGAUUGACAGAUGAUCCACAGAUAAAUACUUUCAUUUUUAUAAUACUAUUUGUCACCUACACGUUCAGCAUUGUUGGAAACCUGACCAUCAUCAUUCUCACCUUUGUGGAUGCCCACCUUAAAACUGCCAUGUACUAUUUUCUGCGAAACCUUUCUUUCAUAGAAAUGUCAUUCACAUCUUCCUGUAUCCCGAGAUUCUUGUACAGUAUAGCAACAGGAGACAGAACCAUUACCUAUAACGGCUGUGCAUGUCAAGUAUUUCUUACAGACCUAUUUGGAAUAGCAGAUUUUUUUCUUCUGGCAACUAUGUCCUAUGAUCGUUAUGUAGCCAUCUGUAAACCCCUUCAUUACACCACUAUCAUGAAUCCCCUGACCUGCAAAAAGCUUCUCUCUGGCUGUUGGGUAAUUACACUGUUGCUUUUAUUACCACCACUGGGCUAUGGACUGACACUGGAAUUCUGUAACUCUGAAAUCGACCACUUUGUCUGUGAUGCUAAGCCUCUCCUGAAGAUCUCCUGUUCUGAUUCAGAAUUCCUAGAGAACAUGGUUCUUUUCAGUGCUUCGUUUCUCCUGUUCGUGACUCUCAGCUUUGCAAUUUGGUCCUAUGGAAGAAUCAUUCGCACGAUUCUUGGGUUCCCCUCUGCUCAGCAGAAGAAAAAGGCGUUUUCUACCUGUUCCUCCCACUUUAUUGUGGUUUCCAUCACUUACGGCAGCUGUAUGUUCAUCUAUAUCAAACCUUCUGCAAAAGACGAAAUGGCUAUUAAUAAGGGAAUAACAGUAUUUGCUACUUCCACCAUUCCCAUGUUAAACCCACUUAUUUAUACUCUAAGAAACAAGCAAGUGAAAAAAGCUUUGAAUGACUUUGUAAAACAACGACUACUCUGGGGGCCUCAGAGAUAUCACGGGGGUUAA